CACACACACACACACACACACACAGAAAGGUGGAAGUGAAAGUGUGAGUGUCAGGCGCUCAGUCACACAGCAGCAGCCUCAGAGAAGAUGGAGAAGUUUAAGAAGAUUCUGGACAUCGCUACCCAGCAGCACAGCCUCGGGUUCGGGGCGGUCGCCAUGGUGACCGCGGGGGGGGAGCAGAUCUUCUCCUCGGCGGUCUUCUCUUGUCCCUGCAAUGAGCUGAACUUCCUCUACGGCAUGGUGUUCCUACUGGUGCCCGCCCUGGCUCUGCUGCUGCUGGGUUACAUCCUGAGUAAGAAGACGUGGAAGACGCUGACGGGGGUGUGCCAGCACCGGGCCGGGCGGUGCCUGCACUGGAGGCGGCUGAUUGUGGUCUGCACGGCCCUCUUCCAGGUGAGCAACACGGCGCUGGUGGCCCCCGCCAGCUGGAUCGCCGUGGCCCUGAUCAACGGGAAAUACUACGAGUGCGCCAUGACCGGGACCAACGUGAGCGUCUACAACAAGCUCCUGUGUAGAGACAAGGACUCAGGGCUCCGGUGUCAGCGAGAGCUCUACAGGCUGCCCUGUGGGACAGGCAGCAGUGUCCCGCAGGCGGACAGACAAGAUGUCCUGCUCACCCUGAAAGCUCAGUCUCAGAUCCUGGGUUGGCUGCUCGUCGCUGCUGUCAUGUUGUCCAGUCUGCUGCUGACCUGUGUGGCUCGGUGCACCUCCCCCAUCAGUUACCUGCAGCUCCGCUUUUGGAGAGCGUAUGCUACGGAAGAGAACAACCUGCUUGAUUCAUACACCGCCCAACACGCCAAACAGCUGGCUGAGAGGAACAUAAAGAGCUUCUUCAACAAGACACCGCCUGAAAACAUCAUCACGCCUUCCAACAAGGACUGGGAGAAGGUCUCUUCCCUCUACAAGUUCAGCACCACAGACAACUACUACAGCACCUUGCACCGGGUGGUGGAGGACUGGCAGGAGGCCGACAAUGGGAUGAUGAGGUUGGCUUCGAUCAAGACAAAUGAGUCUUCUGACCAAACCCCCGCUGUUCUUAGUUUUGUAGAUGAAGGCAGGGUGUGACAAGAUUUGUCAGCAUCAAAGGAUGACUGUGUUAGGGUCAGAACAGUUGGCUGAAACAUGAAUUAUACUGGCAAGUGCUCAUAGUGCAGGUCUGGCUCUGAGGAGUUCCUCCAGAGAGCCAAGGGACAGUAGACUACUUGGUCCAAAUCCAAGGUGCAGGACAAACUGACCUAACUGAGUCUGUCAGCAGCAACAAAAGAACUUUUAGUGGACGCUGACUGAUGCUGAACAUCUGUCCUGUAGGGUCACGCUACAUCUUGUGUGAAAAUAAUAAAAUUGUCCUUUAAAUAGAGAGAUGAAGAAUGCCCCGACGGAAAGCAGAACAGUGUGAAAUCACGAUUCACGUGAGCCUUUAUGUCCCCACGCCUGGGCCGAAACAGGAAGCCUACCACUUCCUGUGCACUGCUGGCAGAUUGCAUAUGUGUUAAACAUUUACACACUCAGCAUGUGAGCUUAAGAGAUGAAAUGAAUGUAUUCAUUUGUGACAGCCUGUACAGUCGUGGUAGAAGUCAAAGUGAUGGCUUUAAUGAUGGUGUGGCUGUAGCAGCAGCAGCAGCAUAUGAUAAUCAUAAUGGAGUGCUUCAUGUGUUGGUUGCAUAGGCCGUAUAUAUAUUAGCGGUCUGUGGUUCACUGUGAGUGAUUGAAGACUGUGGUAAUGGAACAGAGGAUGUGAUAACUUCCUCAGUCUGCUGCUGAUGCUUACUGCCUUCUCUGUCUCUGCAACAAUGGUAGCCUACUGUAUGGUCUCCACCCAAACAUUUCAACAGAAGGAGUGAAUGCCGUCCUUCUGUACCAGUUUGUUUUCCCUUUGCACAGUUUUUGUGAUUGAAAUGGGGUGAAAUGAAGGAAAAGCAGUUGUCAAACUUCUCAUUGUAUACAAAUGAAUGACUGCUUCAUAUUAAAGGGAUUAGGAACAGAA